UCAUGCUCAUAACAAAAACUCAUCUGUUGGUGUUACCAGUAUUCCUAUUGUAAAAUUUAACUCCUUCUCUAGUUUGAUUACAUGUUUUAAUUGUCAAAUUGUGUGUCUCCUGUUUACUCUUGUUGUUAACCCAUUAACAACCCUAUUAAAGACAUCUUCAAGUGACUGGUUUAUUAAAGCAAAUUUUGUAUUCCAUUAGAUAACGGUUGUCGCAUUUUGUAAACAGUUCAAUAUACCAUCAUCGUUGUUUUUAAACAUUAAAUUGUUUCAUCUUUUAUUCUAUUAAUAGCUCAAAUAUUCUUUUUUAUAACAUUUGUGUUUCAAUUUCGAUCAAUAAUUUGAUUCUAUUCAUCCAUUAAUUUUUCUCAAUCACCAGCCUAUCUAAAAUUUGCUGUAAAUGCCUAUCAAUUGAUAUUUUCUCUCUGAACUGUUUCUCCUUUCCUUUUUUUCUAUCUUUUCCCUUUAUUUGACUUUCUCUCUCUGUGUAAGUUGUAUGUAUGCCUUUGAUUAACGAGCUAAUGUUUGUGUUGCUCUAAAUCCUUUUCUCAUCACACUGUGCCUCUACACCAACUUAUUAGGAUAAAUAUACUGUGCAAUCACUCUCUCUGUGAUGUCUUCUGUGUCGACUUCUGGACCUUGCAAAGUACGAAUAUUGCAUUUCAAUGACGUUUAUAAUGUCGAGCCUCGAACAACUGAACCUUGUGGGGGUGCCUCUCGAUUUAAAACUGCUAUAUUAUCAUUAGUAGACUCAAACACUAUGGUUUUGUUCAGUGGUGAUUGUGUUGCUCCUUCAAUAAUGAGUACCUUUACCAAGGGGGAACAAAUGAUACCUGUUUUAAACGAGUGUCGCGUUGAUUGUGCUGUUCUUGGAAAUCAUGAUUUCGAUUUCGGUGUUGAUAACUUAGAGGCCUUUAUCAAAAGGACAACCUUCCCAUGGCUAAUGAGUAAUGUAACUGACGUUGAAACGGGAAAACCACUCGGAGGCGCACAAAUUACACAUAUCAUAGAAAAGGCUGGCAAAAAGUUUGGUCUUAUUGGUCUUGUCGAGGAAGAAUGGUUAGCAACUUUGUCUACUAUUGAUAGAGAAGAUGUAAUUUAUGUUGAUUAUGUUUCAGAAGGACAAAAAUUAGCAAAAUACCUUAAAGAAGAGGAAAAGGUAGACUAUGUUAUUGCUUUAACUCAUAUGAGAUUUCCAAAUGAUUCAAGAUUAGCUGCCAAUGUAAAUGAUAUUGAUAUCAUCUUAGGAGGCCAUGAUCAUGUUUUCGAUAUAAGAUCGGUAAACGAUAAAUUAAUUGUUAAAAGUGGAACUGAUUUCCGUCAGUUUUCAAAUAUAGAAUUAACCUUUUAUGAAGAUGGAAACCUUCCGGUUGGCAUUGAUAUAAAGGAAGUGGAGAUACGAUCAUCUAACUUCACCGAGGAUGCGACACUUAAAGCACAAAUUGAAAAGUUUUCCGACAUAAUUGAAGGUAAAAUGGACAUGAUUUUGGGACAUUUUUACUGUGACUUGGAUGGAAGAUUUUCAAGUAUUCGUAACCAGGAAACAAAUUUAGGAAAUUUUUUCGCAGACAUCAUGCUCUCUUCAACUCUUUCAGAUGUAGCUAUACUAAACUCAGGGACUCUUCGAAGUGACCAAAUUCAUCCUAAAGGUGAUUUCAAGCUCAAAGAUUUGGUUCACAUUAUGCCUAUUAUGGAUCCCAUGAUUGUACUUUCAGCUAGCGGUGAGGUUAUCUGGAAAGCUUUGGAAAAUGGUGUCUCACAAUGGCCUAAAUUAGAGGGAAGAUUUCCACAAGUCUCUGGUAUCCGAUUUGCAUUUGAUCCAACCAAACCUCCUGGUCACCGUAUUGAUCCUAAUUAUAUUAAAAUUGGAGACGAAUAUAUAGAUUUGAAAAAGCAUUAUCGUCUUUGCACCAAAGCUUACCUUUACCAAGGAAAGGAUGGCUACAAUUGUCUUAAAGAAUGUGAAGUUUUAGUACCAGAAGAGGAAUGCCCUGAACUGUGUACAGCCAUUCAGAAUCAUUUUGCGUCAAUGAGUGCUGUAACAACUCGCUUACGGCGUCCAUCUCGCCAUUUGCAAAAAUUUGUUGCCGCAUCGAAGAGCCACACUACUGUAUCAUUCAAAAUGAGCCUUGAUGCACCAACAGUGCCUCUUAACAAUAAUAACGGCAUUAGUAAUAACAAAGAUAUUAGUAAUAAUACAAAUGGAUCAACUGACAAUAAUAAUGGUUUGAUGAUUGAAAAUCAAACACCAUUUGGAUCACCUUCACCCGAUCACAAUCACCGUGACAUGGGAUUAUGUCGAUUAGAGCCUAAAGUUGAGGAUCGAAUAAUUAUUUUGACCAACGAGGAUAUGCGAAAAUCAUUAGAAAGUGAAAGAAAUGGUGACAUCGAAAUGAGGUUAACCAAUUAAAUUGCAACUAUCCAUUAUCGACUUGAAAUGUUCAUACGCGAUGGAAACUGACUCAAAAUGAAUCUUAGCACUAAAGAAAGAUAUCUUUUUAGCCAAUGUUUCUGUAUUUCUUAAAAUAACAUCAAAGCCUUUGAAAGGUAUCUUUCCCACAAGACUUGCUUCAAGCCAACCCUGGAAUUCAUCAUGUUCAGAUUAGAUCAUCACCUGAUCUCUUCCCUCUUUCAUUUGGUUCCAGCCUCUUCAUUUCUACUUGUAUAACUUAUUCUUUAUGAAACUUGGACUCCAUACAAAUGUGCAAUAAUCAGUUCGCUGGUUACCAAUCCAAUUUUUCGCUAAUUUUGCGGAAACGAAUUAUUUUACCUUAUAAAAUUAUUCACAACAAUUAUUAUUUUCUAGUGUUUUAUCAAAACCGAAAUCUAUGAAAAAUCAAAAAAAAUCAAUUUUUAGUUAAGCCAUUCAAUACUUUGUAAAAUUCACAUUUGGAUUUCAUUUCUAACCAUAUUUUAGCUUUUUUCACAUCUAAUUGCUGUGACUAGUUAUUUUAAGACUUGCCUUGAUUUUUCAAUUGCAUUUACUUUGAAUAUCAUUUUACUUGAUUUAAAUGUACAAUACUUCUUAGUUUCCACAUUAAUCCUGGUUGAUUUAAGUUUCUUCAAAUUAUUUGAAUAAUCAGAUUUCAAGCUCAUUGAUCAAGUUCUGAUUUAAAUGACACGAUUUUAAAUUCUUAACUUAUCGCAAUUUUAAUGCAGUGUAAAUUAAAUCGCUCAAAAUGCUAACAAAGCUAAGAAAAAUUGAAAUCACUGAUUGAAAUUGAUACUAAAGAUUUUCUAUGCUCAACUGCGUUUCCAAUGUAAUAAACUGUAUCCUAAAGAUGAAA